AUGUGUCUUGCUCUUUCACGUAAGAAACUCGUUGACUCCCGUGUCUCAUCUGCACAGACGGGUGGAAAUAUGUUUGGUCAGUUCAGUCACUGCUUCAUGUCGCCAAUAUCUCCGAUCAAAUAUGUAGUUACUGUUGGGUUGCGCCGACUUUACUGGCUUCUUUCAAAGCAGAGCCGCAGGCCGCCAGUGAGUCGCCGGUAA